AUGGGAGUCUCAAUUUUUAAUCGCCAUAUCGACAAUGACACUUUCAUACCCAUUGAUAGCCAAGCCAAUGGGGUUAAGGUCAAUGGCGAGGAUAAAGGAGUUGAAGUGCCUGUCCUAGUGAUCGGAGCUGGACCGAGUGGCCUGCUGCAAGCCUAUCUCUUAUCACAAUUGGGGGUAAAGACUCUGGUCAUUGAGCGUUACCCAGAAAGGCUUGGAGCACCCAAGGCCCAUGCCUUGUCACCCAGAUCACUCGAGAUAUGCCGCCAAUUUGGUCUAGAUGUGGAUCAUAUCAGGAGUCUGGGCACGCAGAGAGAUGAUGCAUACUGGGUCAACUUCCUCACGACGCUGUCGGGUCAGGUCCUGGGACAGCUUCCAUACGAGCGCAUGGAUCCGGGGGUUCUUGAUUUCACACCAGAGAUGAUCCACAACAUCCCCCAACCAACCUUUGAACAUUACCUUGUUGAGAAGCUCUCAAACGACUGUAAUGUCGAAAUCCGCAGAGGCGUGUCGUUUGUCUCCUUCGAGGAAAAGAACGGCUCGAUUACAACCGUGGUUGAGGAACGUGCGACUGGUCAAAUGUACAAGGUCAGAUCCAAGUAUUUGAUAGCCUGUGAUGGAGCAAAAAGCAAGGUACGCGAUUUUAUGGGCAUUGAGAGUGAUGGCGAAGAUUCAUAUCAGACUAUGAUGACUAUCCAUUUCAACGCCAACCUUCGGGAAGUGGUAGGUCAUCGUGUAGGCAUGCUUCACUGGCUAUUUGACCCGAUAGCAUCCGGCUUUAUCAUCGCGUACGAUCUCUCAGGAAACGCUGUCCUCAUCUCUAACUUCGAUUCUGUGAAUUACCCUGUCGAGUCAUGGAAUGAGGAUUUUUGUCGCCAGGUUCUCAAGGGAGCAAUCGGCAAAGAUGUUUCACCUACUAUUCUGAGUUACCGCCCUUGGAUCCUCAGUAGAAAAGUAGCGAAGUCAUACCGACAAGGGAACGCAUUUCUUGCAGGUGAUGCCGCUCAUUCGUUUCCACCGACAGGCGGUCUGGGACUCAACUCGGGCCUUGCUGAUGUCCAUAAUCUUGCUUUCAAGAUUGCUCAUGUCCAUCAUGGGGCGGCUGACGCUUCCGUUUUCAAGUCCUAUGAAGAUGAGCGUAGACACGUUGCCGAAGUCAACUCACGACAGAGCGUCAAAAAUGGACAAAACAUCUUUGGCCUGCUAAAAGCCUUGGGAACGGCAGGCAUAUCUGAUAUAAACGAAGCUCGACAAAAUCUGCUCAAAGCUAUCAAUGAUCCAGCGAAGAUGAAAGAGGUUGAGUUCGGGAUAGAAGAGCAGAGAGAGCAUUUCGAUAACCUCAACCUACACAUUGGGUAUGUCUAUGGUGAUACACAGAUUCCUAGUCAUGCGUCGCACUUCAGGCCCAGCUUCCGUCCAGGCGCAAGGCUGCCACACGCCUGGUUAAAAGGCUCACUACCAGCAACUGUGCCACAGCUAAAGCCAGUCAACCUCAAAUAUGUAAAAGAGCUUACCGCAGAUCAGAUCAAGGCGAAACAAUACAGCACACUGGAUCUUUGUGCUCCUAAUGCAUGGACAGUCUUGUUGCCAGCAGAAGACAGCCCGUUGGAUACAGCCGUUUCCUCCAUUGCCGCCGACUACAGCAAUAUCAAGUUCAACGCUCUAAGAUAUGGCAAAGACUUUGCCGUAGUAAGAGAAAACACAGACCUGGAUUGGCUAACCCAGUCUGGUUUGUCUGAAGGACGUGCUCUAUUGAUCCGGCCAGAUCAGCACAUCUUUGGGUCCUUCGGCACAGAAAGUGAAGGGAAGGAAGUCGGCCAGGAUGUUGCAAAGUUUUUGGGUUUGCAAUGA